UUCUUCAAGGUGGAGGAUGUCUUCUUCAGAAGAAGCAUUAGUUCCAGACUUGAGCAAAAGGAUGUUUUUGAACUAUGCUCUUUUGUGCACUGCAUCAUUGCCUGUAAUUCAAAUGAUGUUUACGUAUUCAAGAUUCUUCUUUCCCGUAUCUUCAGGUAACCCUGACGAAACAGUUGCCAGAGAUAUCGAAGGUAAUGAAAUCAAGAAAGAGGAUUUCAUUAAGACAAGAAAACCUGGAACUCGUGAACUGGUUCAAGGUCCUAAGGGAGAUCCACAUUAUUUAAUAAUAUCUGAAGACGGAGAAUUGCGUCCGUAUAGUCUAGAUGCUGUUUGUACACAUUUGGGAUGCGUAGUACCGUGGGAAGCUGGAGAAAAUCAAUUCAUAUGCCAUUGUCAUGGUUCUCAUUAUGACAGUACUGGUAAGGUGGUUCGUGGUCCAGCUCCUCUUUCUUUGGCUUUGGCACACGUAGAUGUCAAUGAAAAUGGUAACAUCGUGUUGAAGACUUGGAAAGAAAAAGAUUUUCGCACAGAUUCCGAUCCAUGGUGGAAAUAAAGUGUAUGGCUUCGUGAAUAGUGUAGAUACUUAGUAUAGGCUGCAGCUCUUUAGAUUUCAUAAGAGUCUUCGUUUAAGGAUAAAGUAGUCUCUUGUGGC